GAACAAAGGUCUGUGUAUUGCUUCAACUGGCAGAACAAGUAUGAAGAACGGCAACAGUCACGUGUAUUUCCGAUAUUAGUAAAUACAAGUUAGCAAAAUGGAAAAAUCUAAUAAAAAUAUUAGUGAAAUGACAUAUACAAAUAAAGCUCGUGAUAUAAACGUGAGUGGAAAUGGUGAAAAUAAAAAUGCAGAAAAAUUGACUUUAAUCGAUAAAAUUAGGAAGAUAAAAGAUUUCUUCACAGUUGAACCUUUUUUAUUAUGCUAUAUUUUACCUAUGAUGAUUUUAUCUAUUACUGUGCAGAAGUUUAAUACAGAGAAAGCUUGUCGUUCGGAUCUAAGUUAUUCCCAAGAGAUAUGCGAUCAUAUACAGGAAGGGGAUUUUACGAACAAUGAUACAAUUUCAAUUCUGGAGGAAGCAAGUAAAGUAGCAAUAGAUGUUACUACAUGGAAAGAGCCUCUCACUAAGUUUGUACCUGCAAUAUUGAUGCUGAAUAUCGGGGCGUGGAGCGACCGCACAGGAAACAGAAAGGCGUUGAUGAUGGUGCCAAUUUUCGGGGAUUUUUUAGCAUCUCUUGGAUAUCUUUUGGCUACUUAUUAUUUUGUUGAAUGGCCCUUAUGGAUCACUGGACUUAUUGAAGCUUUGUGUUCUACAUUCACAGGGGGUUUAGUUAUAGCUAUUUCCGGGGCUUAUAGCUAUGUUGCGGAUGUGACAUCCCCAGAAACUCGUACGUUCAGGAUUGGCAUCGUUGCCGUAAUCGUGACUCUGGGCAUUCCUGCGGGAACAUCUAUCGGCGGUAUUUUAACAGAAUCUAUUGGCUAUUACGGUACAUUUGGAAUAGGAUCCACUCUCUAUUUCCUUGGAUUUAUUUAUGCGUACUUUAAAAUUCAUGACGUGAGCCGUGUUAAAGAAGAGGGUUCAUGUGGAACAAAAUUCAUGAAUUUCCUACAUCCUAGAAACUUUUGGGAAACGUUUUCUCUACUUGCUUUGUCCCGAGGAAGACGGUUGGCGCAAAUACUUUUAGUUAUUUGUGCGCACAUUAUUAUCAAUGGUCCUGUCAUUGGAGAAUCCUCAGUGCUAUAUUUCUACACUCUAAUCAGAUACAAAAUGGAAAUUGUUGAAUUUAGCUUGUUUAACACAUACACAAUUCUUUUGGGUACCGCUGGCACCGCAAUAGCAGUGGGAAUAUUCAGUAAGGCCUUGAAGUUACACGACACUAUCCUGGGAAUGAUUGCAACUACGUCUAAGGUCCUAGGCACGUUUGUAUACGCUUUCGCGCCGGAUCGAACGUGGCUGUAUGUUGCUGCAGUUUUGGACAUGUUCGGAAAUUCUGGAGUCACGGCCAUUAGGUCUUUGGGGACCAAAGUUGUUGAUCCCGAUAGCGUUGGUAAAAUAUGCUCGCUCAUAGGAUUUGUGGACGCAAUAAUUCCGAUAGUCGCAGUGCCGAUCUACAGCCAACUAUGGAACAGCACGCUGGACUGGUUUCCAGGCGCCAUUUAUGUUUUAGGGGGAGUUUUGACUAUGCCCGACUUUCUGAUAUUUAUAGCUCUUUAUGUAAUACAUAAGAAACAAGAAAGUGACACCGUGAAAAAUGCCAAUUCCAAGGAGAUGUACGCUUACGAAAAUGACGUCACUGCUUUGUGAAAAUCUUUCAAACAAACAACCUCUAAUUUUAAGAGUUACCAUUGUAAUGUUAAGCAAGAAGUGAUGUUCAAAUAUAUACAUAAAGGGCAUAUUCUGAAUACCGUAAAUUUGUUGUAGAAGUGUAGAAGUUGUGCAUUGGAGUUCAGCCUUUGCUUAUUCAUCUAGAGACCUAUCCAGAGUCGCAGAAAAAUAUUUGUGAUACAAGUAUAAAUAUUUGCCCGCGCUGGAAAUCGAAUCCAAGCCCUCCAGAUAACGGACCAAAUCGCCACGGAGUCACGGAGUUACCGUAUGAAACCGGCACACUGGUUGACGGUUACUAGGGUGUAUGUAAAGUCAUGUCAUACCUUUAGGCGAAGUCAAUAAAAUCUGACACCAGUGUUAGCGAUAACACAUAAGUAACUUAGGUAUAUUGUAACUUAUCUUGUCCAUAACGUUCAAAUUCAAAUUCAAAAUUCUUUAUUCAAUUUAGGAUGAUGUACAUCACUUAUUGACGUCAAAAAAAUUACUCAAACUAAGUCUACUGCCGGCUUCCAAAGCGCAGGUGAAGAAGAAGCGGCGCAACAAACUUCACCGCAGCCAUUUCUCCAAGGACGUCAAUAUUAAUAAUAUUAAAGUUAACGUACCUAUUCAAGGUACGUUAACUUUAAUAGAAAGAAGAAAGAUUGCCGGGGGAACUAUAACUCAUUGCAGGCUUUGAUUUGAUAUACACUUUACUGUACUCUCUGUGUGCGAGCAGUUGUUUCAUAAAAACGAAUGACACAUCCUUAUUCUCAUCAAUCUUGUUGACGGAGACCACAAUAAACGCCUUAUACAAAACUAAAUGCAAUAACUUUGAGGUGAGACGCGUAGUAUACGAUCAGGCGUGUAACCAUCUAAAUUAGUCGGUUGACUCCAUCCACUUAGAUCCUUGAUCAAGAUUGUCUUUUUGGUAAUUAGAUGUGAUAUUUUUCGAUUUGGCAUCUCAUUAUUUAACUUCAUAUUGGUUUAAUUCUAACUAAUGAUUGCUAUUGCAUUCGAUUUUCCUGCUCAAAUUUAUAAUAUACCUAAAUCUAUCUUUUAACUUAAAAAGAUAUAGAGAAUAUUAUUGGCUCACACUUUAGAACAGAGCGACGCCAUAUCCACCUGUGAAUGUCGUACGAGACGACUGAGGGAUUGGAAGCCUUAAUUACUCUUAUAACAGCACCCAAAAGAGGGUUGAUAGCCGGUCGUAAAAUUACAGCUGAAUCUUAAAUAUUUUUUUUGGUUUACUUGAAUCCCGGGCUCCUAGGCAGCUCCCAUAGCUAUUAAUGCAACCUGGAACACGCUCAGAUGAAAUGCAGAGAAUGAUGUUGAAGCAGACAAACACCGGUUUCGGUGAGAGUAAACAAAUGUUUUGGACAAAAAUAAUCAUGUAAAAGGAUCACUACAGCGCAAUAAAAUUGCAUAUUUACUACAGCAAUAAACCGAAAUUCGGGUUCUUUCCAGCAAAACGAACAAGAGAGAUUCAAUUUUUAGGUUAUUUUACGAGGCUAUUGGAACAAUGUAAAAAGACAUCAACUGAUCCCACAAUAUCUGAACAAGUGGUACACUACAUAGCAUUAUUUUAAUAAAUAUAUAUUUUUUUUAAAUUUAUUGUUUUAUAUAAAUUAUACAGUCGCGAGAUAUCAGAAAAUUCUAGAAUUAAAUCUAGUUGAAAACAUUCAUAAAACGUGGAACAAUUUAUUCACGUAAACACCUACUAAAAGAAAUCUUUUUGACAGUUAGGUCAGGAUUUUUUUAUUAAUUUAUUCGAUCGAUUAAGUUAUUUGCAAUACCUGUCUACAUAAUUUGCAUCCAUCAUUUAAAUGAUCAGAACAAUUUAGGUACAGCCACUAAGUUAUUGAAAAUUGUAAAAAUUAUAAACGACAAAUUAUUGUAAAUAUAAACUGACUAGUUUAUAGUGGGUUAAUAAUUAAAAUACAGUUUACCGGUGUAAGUGAAAGUGCAAUGAACUUCACAUCGUAAAACUUAACCGAAUCACCUUUUUUCAUGCAUGGAGGAUAAUUCCAGAAUAAUUAAAAUAAUGAGAUAAAUUAUCUAGAACGGGCAGGUUUAAGAAGACAAAGGCGGCAACAGAUAAAAAAUCGGAUGCAUAAUUGGUUUAUUUUAAUAAUAAAAGGCUAGUAAAAAAAUAUGAUUUAAAGAUACUUAAAGUACAAUAUUUGGUAAGUUAGUAGAUAAUUAAUUUUAUUGAGACAACAAACUAUAUAGAAAUAUUUCUUAUGACACAAACACAACUAAAUACAGUUGAUCCAAGAGGAAAAUGAAGAUAUUUUCAUUUUCGAAAAAAAAAAUCAAAUCUUAAAAUUCAUUGAUAGCAGUAAAAAUAAAAUAAAGAAAACCACACCUUGAUUCGCAGACAAAAAUUGUAUAACUAGUUCAUUGUCCUCAGUCAACCUUAUGUACACAUUAUGUGAAUAUUUGAACAAGUUUUAUAUGUAUUCCACCGCUAUUGCCAUUGUAUUACCCUGGGCUUUGUAGCUUCAACAUACGAAAGAAAAAGGAAAACAUUCAAAAUUUUACGUAUAGUAUACAAAUAAUAAUGGUAUACACAUAAAAAUAUAUAGGAAAUUGGUAUGGCUAAUUCUCAGUUCCCUCCCUAAGCUAGGAAAACCUGUAUUAAAAGCCUAUAAUGCAACAAAACAUUCCCCAUGUUUAAAAGAGAUAUUGUGAAAAGUAUAUUUUUGGAUUUCUGGUGCUGCAAUUUCAUUUAACCUUAAAUUGAUAAUUUGACU